GGACUGGAGUGUAGCCUACCAUGAUGAUGGUGCUGAGUACUACAUGGCCAUGAGUGGGCUCAUAGGGGAGCAGGAGGAUGUAGCCAAGCUGAAGUUGCUUCUCAGUGACCGGGCCCAGCAGGUCAGCUUCUGUCUCACCUUUGACUACCGUGUGGUGGGCCAUAAUGUGGGAACUCUCAGGGUGCUGCUGGAUAACAAUGCUUACCCAGUAUGGGAGCAGAGCCAAAGCAGAGACCAGGGCUGGCAGACAGAGCUCCUCACUGUGGCCUGGAAAGAAGAGGCCCCAGUAUCUAUUGUCUUUGAAGCGCAGCGUGGGAAAGGUGUUGGAGGGGAGAUUGGGUUGAACAAUGUUGUGCUGACCUCAGGGCCCUGUCAAGAGGAUGUCAGUCCAGUCUUUUAAGAAACUCCACCCAGGAUUUCCAACUUGAAAAUCAGCUCCAAUUGAAACUGGGACUUUCUCUGUGUUUAACUCAUGGCUUAGCCACAGGACAGCCACAUAAAGAUGCAGACACAGGUCUCCAGGAAAGAUUAUGUACAUUCAGAGCAUGCAUGUUUACGUUAUGACCAUGCUGCUACAUCAAUACAUCCUACUACAUUCUCUACCAUUUUCUUUUACAAUACAAAUAACUCAGAUCUCAGGAAUAGGUGGAAAUGCUAACUUUGUCUGUUAAUUAGGUUUGACAGUAUUGUGUGUAGUCCUUUGCUGUGCUUGUGAUAGUACAUUGCUGAAGUUAUCUGAAAAUAAUCUGACAUGUAAUGUGAAUUCUUAGGUGAAUUAUAUCUGAUAUUCAAUCUUAGAUGAAUAACUUUUGAAGGCUAUUUUGCAUGAUAAAAUGUAUCAGUGCAUAACUGCUGUGAAUUUCGCUUUCAUAUUAUACUGUACUAUUACAUUAAAUCGGUUUGUUUUUUUCUAA